AUGAUCUUACCUAUAUAUAGGCGCUCUACCAUCACAUAUGCUAGCUUGGCUCAAUCAAGCCCUCCGUCAUAUGUAUCACAUCGUGCUCCUCACAAUCUCCAGGCAAAGCUACGCACGCUUUCCCUGAAAAUAGCGUUCCGCGAGUUGGAACUUCCAAUGGGGCAAGAUUUCCAACUCGUUGCCCCUCGCGCCAAGCUGGCUUUGCCCUGGCGAGGCAAUCUGGGAGAGAUUCUUUUCGAUGGGUCGGCAGCGAGGGAGCUCGUAUAUCUCCUAGCGGUCCCUGUUCCGCCGCAGAGGCCUCCUGAGGCUACAUUAUCCGCUCCAGCGCAGACUCGGAACGAGUUUGCUGCCCAAAGAACGGCCAUUGACGUAGUCCAGGAUUUGCGAGAAACUACGCGCUUAAAGCGCAAAGCUAACGACCAAGUGUUCGUUGACUCGCCCAGCUGCAAGCAGGCAAAGACCAAAGACGGCGGCGAUGGUACCACGACCAUGGGCAACCCAGUCACCCUCUCUGAUCUUCCCAGCGAGGUCCAUCGGCUCAUAUUUGCCCAGCUCGAAGACGUCGUGGACGCCAUCAGCCUCGGGGCCACGAAUUGGUACUUCUGGACUUUUGGUCGAGAACGCAUAUAUCAAUAUGCCAUGUCGUUCUUUGGGAGAUGGGCCGGUCAUAACAUCGUCUGCGUGGGAGAAGAUGUCGAACCGGACGAUUACCCUCCCGGCUUGUUCUCUGCGGAAGAGCAAGACGAAUUCCGUCAAAGGAUGGGACCUGAAGGGGACCCGGACGACUCCUGGCCCAAUGAUUUCUCUGACCAGCCAUUCACGCUUCACCACUUUACCCAUCCUAGUGUUUCCAAGAUGGAAGAGGUCUCGAAUCUGUAUGGAAAAUUUACGAUGCUGAGGGGGGAGCUCUCGCUAUACCGAGACGCCAUAAAAGAUGCUUCUUACUCUGCCAUUAUAGGCUCGGAUUUGUGGGCUGCAGGGAAUGAGAAGGCCUACUUGCCAGAAGACCAGCAAUGGAUUCUGCGAAAUUUGACAACAAGGCAGCUCGUCCGUUCCGAAGCUAUUGCGCUAAAGCCAGAAUUCAUUCGUGGCCCCUUCGUUCGCGGGUUAGGUUUUGCUGAAGUCCUUCUGACGCGCAUCUGCUGGUCAACAUCUGAUUACGUUGGCAUGGUUGACACGACCCGAAUCUCGAGGGGAGUAUGGGCCGGGCACUGCUUUGACAUAACUACGCGUACUAGACAUGAAGACGAGGUGAAGUUGGAUGGAGAAAGAUGGGAUGACGUGAGCGACGAAGUUGCGCAAGAGAUGAUGGGCAUCUGGGGGAGCCAAGACGACCCAAAUUGGCGCGAGAACCUGUAG